UUUGAUACACUCCUGCCCCUCUUUCUUCACGCUUCUUCUCUCCCAAAUCAUUCGUCAGCUCUUUUUCUCCCUGCAUUAGACACUCAAAUCUCAUCAAUCGAAGGCGAAUUUUUUUUUUUGUUUUCUUUUUCUUUCUUUUCUUCUCCUUUCACAUACAUUUCUUUGUAACUGCCCGUAGAUCGAAUCGUGCCCUUGAAGUGAAGAUUCUGCAGUUUCGAGGUGGAAUUUUGGGGAAAAUUUUGGAAAAGACAACUAGUGUUUUCUUUCUCAUCCUGCUGCUGGUUGACAUCUCUCAGCAGAUAACAAUAUGUUCAAGAGUAACAUUUCUGGAGUUUGGUCCAUCAGAUGAUUUACAAUAAUUUUAAUAUGCUUGGUGUGCAUCACAAUGGUCUUCUUCCCGAUGAAAGAUCAAAUGCAAAUGCUUCUUUCCUUUCUGCUGGUGUAUGUUCUGAUGAAUAGAAAUGCUGCUCUCAGUCCUGAUGGAGAGGUGCUUUUGAGUUUUAAGAUGGCAAUCAUUAGUUCAGAUGGUGUCCUUCUGCAAUGGAGACAGGAGGAUCCGGACCCUUGUGGCUGGAAAGGAGUGACUUGUGACAACCAAACCAAGAGCGUGAUUUACCUGAGUCUUUCUUUUCACAAAUUGAGUGGAUCCAUAUCACCUGACAUUGGGAAGUUAAAGCACCUGAAGCUUCUAGCCCUUCAUGACAACAACUUCUAUGGAACAAUUCCUUCGGAGUUAGGCAACUGCUCAGAGUUACGAGCUUUAUACUUGCAGGGUAAUUAUUUAAGUGGUUUCAUUCCUGCAGAGUUGGGAAACCUUUCAAACCUUGAUAUCCUGGAUAUCUCCAGCAAUUCUCUAAGUGGAGCGAUACCUCCAUCACUUGAGGGGUUGGCAAAACUUUCAGCAUUCAAUGCAUCAUUCAACUUUUUGGUCGGAAAGAUACCAUCUGAGGGCGCUCUUGCAAAAUUUACAGGAGAUUCCUUUGGUGGAAACCGUGACUUGUGUGGGAAGCAAAUGAAAAUAUCUUGCAGGGAUGAUAUUCCCGGACCUUCGAAUUCUCCACCUCCACAAUCAGGUAAAUCGGAAAAUCAAGGUGGAAAGAAAAAGUCUGGAAAGAACUCCACUAGGCUUCUAAUAAGUGCCUUCGCAACUGUGGGUGCUUUACUUCUGGUAGCACUAAUGUGCUUCUGGGGCUGCUUUCUUUAUAAGAAGUUCGGCAAAAGUGACAGCCAAGGACUUGCAAUGGAUGUCAGUGGAGGUGCAUCCAUUGUGAUGUUUCAUGGAGACUUGCCCUACUCUACAAAGGAUAUCAUUAAAAAACUCGAGACUUUGAGUGAAGAACAUAUCAUAGGAUCUGGGGGCUUUGGAACAGUAUACAGGCUUGCAAUGGAUGAUGGGAAUGUCUUUGCAUUGAAAAGAAUCAUGAAGACAAAUGAAGGGUUGGAUCGCUUUUUUGAAAGGGAGCUGGAAAUUCUUGGGAGCAUAAAACAUCGAUAUCUGGUGAAUUUACGUGGAUAUUGCAAUUCUCCUUCUUCUAAGUUGUUAAUCUAUGAUUUCUUACCAGGCGGAAGCCUGGAUGAAGUACUGCAUGAGAGAUCUGAGCAACUGGAUUGGGAUGCACGUGUAAAUAUCAUCCUGGGAGCUGCAAAAGGACUGGCAUACUUGCAUCAUGAUUGUUCCCCACGAAUCAUACAUCGUGACAUAAAAUCAAGCAACAUAUUACUUGAUGGAAACUUCGAAGCCCGUGUAUCUGAUUUCGGACUUGCAAAACUGUUGGAGGAUGAAGAAUCACAUAUCACAACCAUUGUCGCUGGAACAUUUGGUUAUCUGGCUCCAGAGUACAUGCAAAGUGGCCGAGCAACAGAAAAGACUGAUGUAUAUAGUUUUGGAGUUUUGGUGCUUGAAGUACUAAGUGGAAAGCGACCCACUGAUUCAUUGUUCAUUGAGAAAGGCUUUAACAUUGUUGGCUGGUUGAAUUUCCUUGUAGUGGAGAACAGACAGAGAGAAAUGGUUGAUCUGCACUGUGAAGGAGUGCAAGUUGAGAGCCUGGACGCUUUGCUUUCAGUUGCUAUCCAGUGCAUAUCAUCUAGCCCGGAGGACCGGCCCACGAUGCACAGGGUGGUUCAAGUACUGGAAUCCGAGGUUAUGACUCCAUGCCCAAGUGAUUUCUAUGAUUCGAACUCGGAGUAAAGAUCAGAAGAAGCUGCUCGUGUGUGUGUUGUGUAGUUGUGAUUCCCAUGAGAACGAAGAAAAUGGUGCCAAGCUGCGGGAGGUCCAUGCUCUGUCACUCUCAUCUUUUCAUUCUUUAAUUCUUUUUUGCUGAUCCUGAUCACCAAGAUGCCUGAUUUUGUUGUCAUUUACAUGGAAAUUAUUUCUGAGUAUUUACUGCCAUUCGAGGGAGAUUGGGAAUGUAAAUGUUGAUACUCUCUACUUGUAGUCCCUACCUGCACGUGGGUGUUUGCAUUGUACUUGUGUGCUUGUGUGCGCACACUUGCUCUGCCUGAGGGGAAUUUACCUUUUCUUUUUUAAAUUUCAUUUUCAUUUUUCAUUUUUCAUUUUUGUCUCCACACUAGUGCACAUUGCAGAUAUUAGUGGUCGUCUCUGCCCGCCACUGUAUGUGUCAGGGCUCUUGUCACCCAUGCAAUUUCUAUGUAAGGGCCUGUUUGGUUUUCCAAUUAAAACAGUAAAUGGGUGUAAAUGGGUAAUGAUUAUUUACUCUUGUAAUUGUGUGACGACAUCACUUACAUUUGACUGUUA